AUCUGAUGAUCAUCAGAUCUGAGAUCGAUUGAUUUGGUCUUCACACAGGCAUAUAUGUACAUACACACUUGUGAUAAUUGAGCAUUCUGGGAAAGUCUUUACUGAGGAAGCACGAUUACAUCACAUCAUGAACAUUUCCACAGUUUUUCUUGUGUGUCUGUGUCUGUGUGUGACCCUGGAGAUGGCGGUGACGUCAGAGGUCACUGACCCAGUGGAGCAGUACAGGCUUCACUGUCUGACACCAGACUCAUGGGAACUGAACAAUAUGUGCAGUGUCUUUAGGAUGAUGGACAGCAAUGGCAACUGCUUUCUGGACUUCGAUGAGCUCUGGAAGGGUUUUAGCAACUCAGGCGUCUCAAUGGACCAGCAGGACACUGUCACCGUGUUUAAGUACUUUGACCGCGAUGGAAGCCGAACCGUUGACAUUGGUGAAUACCUCGUCGCUGUCUGGGUACAUAUUUGAAUGAUAAGUCACUGCACACAAGUCACAUGUACCAAUUACAUCAUGUACUUCAGGUGUACUUCAACCUAAUGAUGAGUUGUGAUGCGAUCACUGCUUCAAUAAAGAGUUCAAACA